GAGGCGGGUGCCGCCUCGGACGGGGGCGGCAGGCUGCUGCGGCGUCUGCUCCCACGGCGACCCGGGACGCGCGUGACAGACCCACCCCCUCCGGCGGCGCCCGCCCGGCGACUCGGAGAAACUGCGCCUGACGUGGGGACUCCUGCCUGUGACGUGGGGCUGCUGCGGGCGUCUCGGCAGGUGGCAACUCUUCCAGAGCGAACUUGGGUGUCUUCAUUUAAGACUCAGGUUCAGCAUCUAGGCCGGUCCGAGCGCGCUCCGGUGUUAGCAUCGGGGAAACUGAGGCGAACAUUUAGGCAGGGUCGCCUGUGUGCUUCCGGUUGGAAUUCUGGAAAUUACUCUGAGAUUGAGAGCAGAUGAAGCCCGAGGAGCCUCGUGGCAGUCAGAUGCCCGUGAUGCCCAUCUAAGCCUGAUCUGGGAAGACCUGCUACUGUCUCCUGCACACGAUGUCAGGAAACCACAUGCCUUCUGUCAGUGGCCCUUUCUCUGCCCUGACUCCAAGCAUAUGGCCCCAGGAGAUCCUGGCAAAGUACGCACAGAAGGAAGAGUCUGCAGAGCAACCAGAGUUCUGCUAUGAUGAGUUUGGUUUCCGCGUGGACAAGGAAGGUUCAGAGCCUGGAUGCAGCCAGAUGGCAGGUGCACCCCUGGUGGAGGAUCCCCCACACAGGCUACGGUGGCAGGCCCACCUGGAGUUUACCCACAACCAUGAUGUGGGGGAUCUCACGUGGGACAAGAUCGCAGUCUCCCUCCCCCGCUCUGAGAAACUCCGCUCCCUAGUGCUGGCUGGCAUCCCACAUGGCAUGAGACCACAGUUAUGGAUGCGACUGUCUGGGGCACUACAGAAGAAGAAGAACUCUGAGUUGUCCUACCGUGAGAUUGUAAAGAACAGCUCCAAUGAUGAGACCAUUGCUGCCAAACAGAUUGAAAAGGACCUGCUCCGCACCAUGCCCAGCAACGCCUGCUUUGCCAAUGUGAACAGCAUCGGGGUGCCCCGCCUGCGCAGAGUCCUCCGAGCACUGGCCUGGCUUUAUCCCGAGAUUGGCUACUGCCAGGGCACAGGCAUGGUGGCCGCCUGCCUCUUGCUGUUCCUGGAGGAGGAGGACGCCUUCUGGAUGAUGUGUGCCAUUGUUGAGGACCUGCUGCCUGCUUCCUACUUCAGCACCACCCUGCUGGGUGUCCAGACUGACCAGCGGGUCCUGCGCCACCUGAUCGUUCAGUACCUGCCUCGCUUGGACAAACUGCUGCAGGAGCAUGACAUUGAGCUCUCCCUGAUCACACUGCACUGGUUCCUCACGGCCUUCGCCAGCGUGGUGCACAUCAGACUGCUGCUGCGCAUCUGGGACCUGUUCUUCUACGAGGGCUCCCUGGUGUUGUUCCAGACUACGCUGGGCAUGCUGCGCCUUAAGGAGGAAGAGCUGAUACAGUCAGAGAACUCGGCCUCCAUCUUCAACACGCUGUCGGACAUCCCUGCACAGAUGGAAGACGCGGAGCUGCUGCUGGGGGAGGCCAUGCGGCUGGCUGGCUCCCUCACUGAUGUGGCUGUGGAGACCCAGCGCCGCAAGCAUCUGGCCUACCUCAUUGCAGACCAAGGCCAGACCCUGGGGACUAGUGCCACCACCAACCUCUCUCAGGUUGUACGCCGCAGGACUCAGAGGAGGAAGUCUGGUAUCACCUCCCUGCUCUUCGGGGAGGAUGACCUGGAGGCUCUCAAAGCCAAGAAUAUCAAGCAGACAGAGCUGGUAGCUGACCUCCGUGAAGCCAUUUUGCGUGUGGCACGCCACUUCCAGUGCACAGACCCCAAGAACUGCAGUGUGGAGCUGACCCCAGACUACAGCAUGGAGAGCCACCAGCGGGACCAUGAGAACUACGUGGCGUGCUUACGCAGCCACCGGCGCCGGGCCAAGGCCCUGCUGGACUUCGAGCGGCAUGAUGAUGAUGAGUUAGGCUUCCGAAAAAAUGACAUCAUCACGAUCAUCUCUCAGAAGGAUGAACACUGCUGGGUGGGCGAGCUGAACGGGCUGAGAGGCUGGUUUCCGGCUAAGUUUGUCGAGGUCCUGGAUGAACGGAGUAAAGAGUACUCCAUUGCGGGGGAUGACUCUGUGACAGAAGGAGUCACAGACCUCGUGCGAGGGACCCUCUGCCCAGCCCUCAAGGCCCUAUUUGAACAUGGACUGAAGAAGCCGUCCUUGCUUGGAGGAGCCUGCCACCCAUGGCUGUUUAUCGAGGAGGCAGCGGGCCGGGAGGUCGAGAGAGACUUUGAUUCAGUGUACUCCCGCCUGGUGCUCUGUAAGACAUACAGGUUGGAUGAAGAUGGCAAAGUCCUGACCCCUGAAGAGUUGCUGUACCGGGCUGUGCAGUCUGUGAAUGUGACCCAUGAUGCGGCACACGCCCAGAUGGACGUCAAGCUCCGCUCACUUAUCUGUGUGGGGCUCAAUGAACAGGUGCUACACCUGUGGCUGGAGGUCCUCUGUUCCAGCCUGCCCACUGUGGAGAAGUGGUACCAGCCCUGGUCCUUCCUGCGCAGCCCCGGCUGGGUCCAGAUCAAGUGUGAGCUCCGUGUUCUCUGCUGCUUUGCCUUCAGCCUCUCCCAGGACUGGGAGCUUCCUGCUAAGAGAGAGGAGGAGAAGCAGCCACUGAAGGAGGGUGUUCAGGACAUGCUCGUGAAGCACCACCUUUUCAGCUGGGACAUAGAUGGAUGACACUCCUAGCUGCUCUGUGGCUCCCAGGCCUACCCCAGCCCUGGCCAGCCUCAGGCCUCCUGCCCCAAGGAAGGAGGUUCAGGGAAGGAAACACCCCCAAGCCUGCCCAGGACCCACAAUAGUGUCUAGGCCUCCCCACCCCAUGCUCGCAUAGUUGGCUGGUGGCCAGCUCAGCGUCUCUUCUUAACACGUUUCUGGGGAGUGUCCUUCCAAGGUCCUGAAGGAGUGGAGAGCCACGUCCACGCUGGCCUCUGCUCAGGAAGGGCAUAGGCUAAUGGUAGAUAAAGGCCUCUUGACCUCUUUAAAUGUAAAUAAAACUCAUUUUGUGAGACAGCGCC